AAACAACAAUUCCUACGGUGGAGUCAGUUUUCUCCCAAAUGGCUGAAGAUGAAGAACACCAUCAUAACAAAAAGCAAAAAAAACUUACCCCCACAACUUCUCCAUCUAAAAUCGCCACUGUUGCCACCAAGUUUCUACUACAUGAUGCCCAACAUGGAUUCAAGAAUGGUAAUUUUGUUUGCUCGCCAAUCUCACUUGAGAUCUUAUUGGGAAUGCUUGCUGCUGGAGCUGAAGGCAAAACUUUGAAACAGUUAUUGGGAUUUCUUGGAAAUGAAACCUUGGAUCAAUUUCAUUCCAAGUCUCGUAGUUCCAAUGUUCUAGAUAAGAUCUUAUCCAACCUGCAUGAUGACAGAGAAGGUCUUGAUAUCUGUUUAGCGAAUGCAAUUUGGGUAGACAAGAAGCUGCCAAUGAUUCAAUCUUGUUACAAAGAGAUUCUCAGGACUGUGUACAGAACAGAAGCCAAACUUGUUGACUUAAAUGAUAAGCCUGAUCAAGCAGCCAAAGAAAUAAAUUCAUGGAUAAACAAAAAAACUAACGGCUUGAUCCCGACUAUUGUUGCUGAGGAGGAUUUGAAAGAUGAGGCAAUUCUCCUUGCAAAUGCUGUUUAUUUUAACGGAUUCUGGUCUAAUCCAUUUUCUAAAUAUAUGACAACGGAUAAUGACUUUCAUCUCAUCAACGGGAAGACUGUGUCAGUUCCCUUCAUGACCAGUUAUAAGCAGUUCAACUAUGGCUCUGUUAAAGACUUCAAGAUCCUCCAGAUUCCAUAUAAAAGUGAAGGUCAGUCAUAUCAGUUUUCCAUGUAUAUCUUUCUUCCAGAUAGCAAAGGUGGAUUGGGGGAUCUGCUGCAAGUUUUUCAUUCUAAUCCUGCUCAAUUUCAUGAAAAGUUUGACCUUGAUCCAUUGUAUCUGUAUAAGAUAAAGAUACCCAAGUUCAAGAUAUCUUGUAAAUUUGAUCCUCAAGAUGUUAUGAAACAAAUGGGUUUGACAUUGCCUUUCAACCCUAUGAAUAUGGAGCUUAGGCGGAUCGUAGAACCUGGAUGUCCUGUUGGAGAUACGCUUUAUGUCUCGAAUGUACUUCAGCAAUCUGUUAUUAAAGUUGACGAAACAGGAACUGAAGCCACUUCCCUAAGUAAUAUUACUCUGAGGGGAGGGGGCCCUGCAGAAUGUCCGCGUUAUUUUGUGGCCGAUCAUCCUUUCAUGUUCAUGAUCAGAGAAGAGACUUCUCUUGCUGUUUUGUUUACAGGUGUGGUGUUAAAUCCCCUUGCAGAAUAGCCUUUUUUCAAUAUGGGUAUGAUACUCAAUCCCCCAGUUGUUUUCUCUGGCUGUAGCUCCAUCUAUCUUUAGGUUGUAGCUCUAUCUAUUUAUAUAUCUUGCAGAAUAGAUGUUCUUGUUAUGGAUAUGGUGCUUAAUCCCUCUAGUUGUUAUUUCCUAUGGUUGUAUAUCUAUCUAACUUUCAUUAUGAUAAAGGAUGAUGUUUUUAGUUUGGAUUUGGGUAA